AUGAGCCAGCCCAGUCAAAGCCCCACAAAGCACUCGGCCGGCGCCGCGGGCGUCACAGCCCAGAAUGCCGGGUCCAAAUUUUUCGACGGCUUGCGCCAUGAGGCCCUCAAAAUCGAGGAUGGCAUGAAGGGCGCCGAGAACGAGGUCCUGCGCAAAGAGGAGGAAGCUUAUCUGAUGCACCGACACGAUGCAGAGAUAUCCCAUCUUAAGAAACUUCAGCAAGACGAAGUUAGCCAGCUCAAGGCACAGUUCCAACGAUAUAUUGCCGCCCGAGAUGCCCGCAAGAAGGCCAAGAAGCUGAACCGCCAGACCAUCCGGGAUAUGAAGCGCCGUGAUGCCAUCAUCAUGGAGCAGGAGACCGCUUCUAAGGAAGCGGCGAGAGUGAAAUCAACCCUCACCGCCAAACGCACUCAAUUCGAUGCUCUUCUUUCUCAUCUCGAUAACAAGCACGACAAGCAACGUCGCCAGCUCUACGCGGCUCAAGACAGAAGGAUUCAGUAUGAGAAGAUGUUGGACGGGAUCCAGUACGCGAAUGAGCGAGACGAAAUUCGUCGGACGAUGCAAAAGAAAUUCCAGGCCAAGCUUACCCACCAGAAAGCCCUCGACAAGCGGAUUUCAGAUCAGCUUCGGGAGGUCCAGCAAAUGGAACUCAAGCAUGCCAAGGAAACCUUUGACCUGGAAUUCCAGUCCCACGAGGAUAUCCACAAUCUCAAGGCCCUCCAUGUCAAAGGUGUCUCGGAACUCAUGGCAAGCCAGAUACUCGAGCUCCAGGCCGAAAAGGAGAGACUGCUUGCCCACCGAGAGCAGACCAAGCUUACCACCCUGGAGGCUCGCCACGUCAUUGAAAUGAAAAAAUUCGGCAAGACUCACAGAGAUCAACUCCGAGCGCUGAAGCAACAGCAAGAGUUGAGACUCCGAGGAAUCCGCGCCGCCGACAAUUUGCCAACAGCCCUGGGAAGUCGGAGCUCGGGCGGUGCGACUUCAAGUGAUAAGUUCCAAAGCCGUACAUCGGGCUUCGACGACGAUGAUCUCAUGUCGGACACUGCGAGUAUGCACGGCGACCGGCGCUCGGGUGGUGGUCGUAGGGCAAUGUCAUCUGUUUCUGGAGUCACCGACGAGGAAGAAGAUGAGAACGGAGACGAGGAGAAUCAACAAAACUCCAGCGCCGAGGUUAUUCGCAAACUGGCUUCAAAGCACAAGGAUGCCAUCUCGUCGCUGAAGGAGAUGCACAGAGCAGAACUCACCAAGCUGGAGAAUCUAAUUGCCUCGCGCACGCGCGAGCUUGAAGAAAACCAACAGGCCGAAAUGAGAGAGCUUCUCGAUGGCCACCACAAAGACAUUGAAUUUGUCAAAAGCAUCCAGGCGAAAGAAGUCCAAAUGGAGGAGUCGGUCCACGAAGCCGAGGCCAAGAUGCUUAUCGAGCGAAGAGUUCUGAACUCUGUGCUUGCGACGGUCGUCGACGGCAUCGUCAACAUCAAUCCCAAAGGCACCAUUACGCGCUUCAACAGUGCUGCUGAGAAAAUGUUCCAGUAUACAUCCGAUGAGGUGAUUGGCAAGAACGUCAAGAUGCUGCAGACUGAAGAAAUUGCUCGAAACCACGACAGCUUCCUGACCAACUAUCUGACGACCGGCAUUGCCAAAAUCAUUGGCUCCGGACGCCGAGCAUUUGGACUCAAGAAGGAUGGCACGACAUUCCCGGUGCACAUUUCAGUGUCUGAAGUGCUGGAGGAGGGCGCCCAUCUGUUUACGGGCAUUGUGCGAGAUCUUACCGAAGAAGUUCGCCUGGAGGAAGAGCAGCGCGAGAAAGACGAACAGAAACAGCGCGAGCUCGAAGUUCUCUUGAAAGAGCUCGACGUUGCCAAGCAAAAGGCCGACGACAUCCUUGGGCAGAUGCUCCCGCCCGCGAUUCAGUCACAGCUUAUCGCCGGAAAGUCGAUCGUGCCAGAGUCGUUCGACAAAUGCACAAUCCUAUACUCUGACAUCUGCGGCUUCACCGAGAUCAGCUCGAAGAGCACCCCGAUGCAGAUGGUUGAGCUACUCAACAGUCUCUACACCAUGUUUGACGAAAUCAUCAGCCAGUACGACGCCUACAAGGUCGAGACAAUUGGCGAUUCGUACAUGGUGGCGUCUGGCGUCCCUGUUCGCAAUGGAGAUAUGCACGCCUGCCAGAUCGCCGACAUGUCCCUGCAUUUGCUCUCGGCCGUCCACUCCUUUGUUGUACCAAACCGUCCAGAACUCCAGCUUCGCAUGCGCAUCGGCAUGCACUCUGGUCCGGUGGUAGCUGGCGUCGUGGGACUCAAGAUGCCAAGAUAUUGCUUGUUUGGAGAAACCGUUGUUGAUGCCUCAAAGAUGGAGUCGUCGGGACAGCCGAUGCGAAUCCAAGUCAGCGAGACAACCUACAGACUCUUGCAAAGAGACGGAUCGUACGAGCUCGACAAGAAAGGGAGAAGGUCGUAUUGGCUGGUCGGAAAGGAUGGAUUUCCCUUCGAUCUACCUCUGGAAACCAAGUGUCUCUCAACCAACCCAAGCAAUACUGCUACACCGGCAGCCAGACGACUCUCUGUUCCUGGCAAGGAGGGAUUGGGUGGCAGCCAUUCUCGGGAGCCCUCGGUUAUGAUCACGACGGUUGCUGAGACUCUUGAGCCACAACAGCAGAUCGAUUGA